CUCAAAGAAGUUGAGAAGGAGGAAGAUGAGUUCAACGACAGAGUGAGAGGCCAAUCGACUUGUAUCAUCACAAACUUUGGAAAUACAAACAACGUAUCCCAAACGUGUCACUGGAUUGUUUAGUCAUUGAUUAAACCACUAUCGCUACUUUUGCUUCUGCUCAUGCUCAGUUUGAUUGAAGACCAGAACUCUCACUGAGCGUACUGCGUGUCUAAUACAGGAACCAUGAAUACUCUCUUCGAUCAGUUUGCGGAAGCCCAUUCCCAGAAAAAUGGCUACAAACUCGCGCAAACACUAUCGCCUGUUGCUCCGUCAGAUGACCCUCAUCGCCUCAUGGCUGUAUGGCGUAGUACGAAUUCUCACAGCGUUAAAGGCGACAUCAAGCACUUCGUCAAGAGCAGUACAUCUCAUCGACGGAAGAUGAGCCAUGAUGAAACAACGGGCUGGGUUGAGGUGUACACCUCAUAUUGGAAAGCUAUCGCUGAGAUCUUGGCGGGAGAGAGCGGAAAGUCAACAUGGACUAAAGUGUACGAGGCAUGGAAGGAACUGACCUCCGUACUCAUCCGUGGAUACAACUCACAUGGUUUUGAAGCGUGGACUAUCCCCUCCCUUUACAUGGUGGGCAAGUACCUACGAUUAUUUGCGAUCAAAUCCGACGAGGAGCGCCAAGCGAAGACUUUUGACACCGGUCCCGGAGCUUCGUUGAUAUCGGACGAUUUCGACCCAGAAACGGAUAAGCAACUUCAAUUAAGAGACUGCGAAGGACAUCUCAAGCGUAUUUUUUCGCUUUGUCUAAAUGACAGAGCACCCCUUGAGGAAUCAAGGAAAUGGGGAAUCUAUUUCGUUAUUAACCUUCUUUUCAAAACCUACUUCAAGUUGAAUUCGGCUUCCUUGUCGCGGACUAUUCUUAAGACGCUUGCUGUGUACAAUGACAAGGGCGAUAUGCCGCCUUUGGAAAUGUUCCCAAAGUCCCAGAGAGUGACCUUCAAGUUUUACGAGGGCGUUUUGCUAUUCCUUGAGGAGAAUUACAAUAAGGCCGAGUCCCAUCUCAAUGAAGCGUGGCAACUAUGUCACAAAGACGCUCUCCGUCAAUCCGAACGAAUUUUGACCUACCUCAUCCCUUGCCGACUCCUGACCAGUCAUGUCCUUCCUACCAAAGCCCUUCUCGAGAACUAUCCUCGUCUACAGGAACUCUUCCUUCCUCUAGCCAGUUGCAUCAAGUCUGGUAACCUACAAGCCUUCGAUGAGGCUCUACAAGAUGGUGAGGCUGAGUUCGUCAAACGGCGUAUUUACCUUACCCUCGAAAGGGGCCGAGACAUCGCCUUGCGUAACCUACUACGUAAGGUCUUCAUUGCUGGUGGUUUUGAUGAACCAAAAGAGGGCGAGACAACCCCGGUUCGUCGUACAAGAAUACCUGUAGCCGAGUUCCAGGCUGCAGUUAGCAUGGGAAGUGGUCAUAUGGUCGACCCGGAUGAAGUCGAGUGCAUGCUGGCCAAUAUGAUUUACAAGGAACUUAUGAAAGGUUAUAUCGCACGAGAACGAGGCAUUGUGGUGUUGUCCAAGAAAGGCGCCUUCCCUGGCACAGGAUUGUGAGACUGCAGGCCAAGGCCAUUGGCUGAGACACGACUGACGGACGUGUGAGAAGCUUGAGAGUUUAGCUGCAUUUCUUAAACUAACGACUACUACUAUAAGAGAGUCUAGUAGCAUGAGGCAGAGUGAAUAGACACCGAAACCGUCAGAAUGACGCUGGCGCCAACAAAUCAUAGAACAGUUU